UGUCAGGAGUGAUUCUUUGGCAUGACGUCUUCUGAGAUAAGCUUAUCCUUACUUUUGGUGAGAGUUGCUUUUCCGACUUGCUCCAGCUAAAGAAGAAUGAGGGCCGUGUCAGCGGGAAGCUGGCAAUGCUGUGCUGCCGCUCGGGACUCCGCCGUUCGAGGCACUUGUUCGUCUUUCUCACGAUUACCUCGUGCAGAGGGAUCCUAUAGGCGAUUCGGUACAUUAUCUGAGAGGUAGAAUCUAACCAGCCAUUGGCUCUUGAAAAAUGCAAAUGACCAACGGCGUCUUUCUAGUCUAAAUGCGAGCAGUUGCCAUGGAUCUCUGAGCUCAGUACUCCCUGUCCGACGAUUUACUAGUAGUCCGUGGGUGUCGCUCAACACAAUGAACCCUCUAAAGCGCUCCCACAGAGCAUUCAUUGCUCUCGGGAGCAACGUUGGGGAGCGGGUUGAAAUGAUUGAAAAAGCUUGUCUGGAAAUGGACAGAGCCAAUAUUAAAGUCUUAAGGACCAGUUCUCUGUUUGAGACUGCUCCUAUGUACUAUCUUGACCAGGAGCCAUUCAUGAAUGGUGUUUGCGAGGUAAGUCCAGGUACCCCUUAAGGCAUGAAUAGUUGCUAAUCCUGCCUAGGUGGAAACGACCCUGCAACCCAUGGAGCUACUCGACGCUCUACAGUCUAUUGAAAUCAGCCUGGGACGAAAGAAGCUCAUUGACAAGGGUCCUCGCUCAAUCGACCUCGACAUCCUUCUAUACGACAAGCAAGUCUUCUCAAAUGAGCGUCUCGACAUCCCCCAUAAGCUCAUGCUCGAACGAGACUUUGUCCUCCGCCCUCUAAGCCAACUAAUCCCCCACGAAAUCCCCCCAUACCCCAACCACAAAACAACCUACCAAACCCACCUGCACUCCCUUCCCCCACCCUCCCCAACCCCGCUGGCGACAACCUACAUCUCACCAACUUUCCCAUCCCUCCACCCAACAUCCCCAACCCGCCGCACCCACAUAAUGGCAAUCCUAAACCUAACGCCGGACUCCUUCUCCGACGGCGGAACUCACACCCCCACAAACCUCCCCGCACUAACAGAAACAAUCCGUCAUUUCAUCGCCUCCGGCGCGACAAUCAUCGACAUCGGCGGCGAGAGCACACGUCCGGGAUCCGUUCCCGUCGGCGAAGAGGAGGAACUCGCCCGCGUCAUCCCGGCUAUUCGACAUAUCCGCACGUCGAUACCGGAGGCCGCUAAUAUUGCCAUUAGCAUCGAUACGUAUCGUGCGCGUGUUGCGGAGGAAGCGUGCGCCGCAGGCGCAGAUAUCAUCAACGACGUCUCGGCGGGGACUCUCGAUCCCGAGAUGCUGAGCACCGUCGCGCGGACCGGCAAGUCCGUGAUACUGAUGCACAUGCGCGGCUCGCCAUCAACAAUGACGAAGCUAACGGAUUAUCCGAACGGAGUCAUCGAGGAUGUGAGCACUGAGCUGCGUGAGCGGAUUGCAGCCGCCGAGACGGCGGGCAUCCGGCGGUGGCGGAUGAUUCUGGAUCCGGGGCUGGGCUUUGCGAAGAAUCAGACUGAGGAUUUGACAAUUCUACGAGAGCUUGAGAGAUUCAGGACGGGGAUGGAAGGGUUGGAGUAUUUCCCCUGGCUGAUGGGGCCGAGUCGGAAGAGAUUUGUUGGGAGGUUGACGGGGGUGGAGAAGGCGAGUGACCGUGGGUGGGGGACUGCGGCGACAGUGACGGCGAGCGUUGCUGGGGGUGCGGAUAUUGUGAGGGUGCAUGAUGUCAAGGAGAUGUGGCAGGUUGCGAGAGUCGCUGAUGCCAUAUACCGGGGUGUUGAGUGAUGGUAAAAGAUGGAUAUAAUGAUCUAGCAUUUUGUAUAGAAAACUAAGAACUAAAGCUGUUAUCUUCAACAAAUGUACAGGAACUGGAGAAUCAGAACUUGAAAAGUUGGUUGUGUAGAACUACCUGGCAAACAGAACGGUAAAAGACAUGAAGAAUUCAAGAUUAUCCGAACCCUAGAAAGGUGUAAUGAUGCGAAGUCGCAGGUACCUGGACUUUGUUCAACCGCACACAAUACCAAAUCAACUUAAUAUAAAGCAAUCAGGGAAUAAGACAACGCCAUUGCGAAACAGGCUGGCUAACACGUGGUCAUGCUGGAUAUGAUCGUAAACACACAGGGGCUCAUUUAGCUGUUGAGAUAGCUGCGUAUAGCACCUUGAAGUUUAGUGGCGCCGUCUCCCAUGAGUUGAGUCAAGUUCUCGAGGUCGUCACCAGCAGUGAUACCGAAUCGGCGCACAAAGUCCUUGGCGGCUGUUUCAAGAUCGCCGUAUGUGUCAUCAACGGCAGGGUAGUCGUCCUCAGGGCGGCCAAAGUAAGAGUUGCUAGAGAUGGAGGUAGCACCGUCGAAUUGACGGAGGCGCUCUUUUGCCUCUGACUGUGCAGCCGGGUCGAAUCGCUCGCGUCCGAAGAACUCGUCGGACGAGAUACCCUUCUGGCCACCGAAUCGAGACUUGGCUUGUCGGAGUUCUUCCUC